AAACAUGAAAGCUAAGUUACUGUCAUUAUUCAGAGGUGAUUUCGUCCGUUAAAUACAUAGUAAGAUAAGCAAAGCAAAUAUACGCUGAACCAUUGACCUAUAUAUCCUAUUAAUAUUGCUUGAAACUGCACUGAUGUAUACCGAAUAUUUCUGAGAGCACGUUUUCGUUUAAUUGUCAACCGGGCAACACCUUUUAUGGUGUUCGCAACUGUCCAACUUGUGAUAUGGUAUUCUUGAACACAUGUAAAGUUUUAUCUAUAGUUCUUUACUCAGAAUUCUAGGAAUAUCUUGUAAUACUAACAGGCAUAUAUAAUCAGUUGCCAUUGGCAGAAGUGGAGGCUGGCACUUUUCAAGAGUAAGAAUAAGAAGGGAGUUGAUGAUUUCCUGAAAAAAAUAUAGUACUGAAAGCCUAUACAAGAUGAACCUCAGCAUUGCAGAUAUUUGUGAAAAUACUAAGAUGGGUCGAGAGUUUGCCCUUCUAGGGAAUUAUGAAACAGCACUAGUGUACUAUCAGGGAGUUGUCCAGCAGAUUCAUAGACUUCUUCAAACAAUCAAUGAUCCAAUAAGAAAAGAACGAUGGCAACAGAUCCAACAACAGAUUGCCCAGGAAUAUGAACAGGUAAAGGACAUUCAGAACAUUUUAAAUGGAUUUAAGUCUGAUAGUCAUUGUGAUCGACCUAUAAAUACACGAAUGACAUAUGAUGAAGUUCCAUGUGACCCUGACAUCUGGCCUCCUCCAUCAGCACGAGACCCUGAUAUCUGGCCUCCACCAACUCCCAUUGAACACAAGCCUGGCCCACCAGUACGGCAACCACGUGUGGGUAGAAGAAGUGAAGCAACAAAGACAUCUAAUGUUUCACGUGGCAGCAACAGCAAUAAAACUGGAGGAGAAAAAGUAUCUAAGAGAGUGGAGAGUAGAAAUGCAAAACGAGAGGAAAAGUCUAAAAAAGAAAGUAAAAAAGAAGAAGCUAAGGAAGAAACAAAAGAGGACAAGGAAAAAGAUGAAAAAAAGUUUGAUUCAACUGGAUAUGACAAGGAUCUGGUGGAAAUGUUGGAACGGGAUAUCCUUCAGAAGCAUCCUAAUGUUCGUUGGGAUGACAUAGCAGACUUAGAAGAGGCUAAGAGAUUAUUAGAAGAAGCUGUUGUUUUGCCUAUGUGGAUGCCAGAUUUUUUUAAAGGAAUCCGAAGGCCAUGGAAGGGAGUUCUGAUGGUGGGUCCACCAGGAACAGGAAAAACUAUGUUAGCUAAAGCUGUAGCCACAGAAUGUGGAACUACUUUCUUCAAUGUUUCUUCUUCAACCUUGACUUCCAAAUACAGAGGGGAAUCAGAAAAGCUAGUACGUCUUCUGUUUGAAAUGGCUCGUUUCUAUGCUCCCAGCACAAUCUUUGUUGAUGAAAUUGAUUCACUGUGUUCCCGAAGAGGGACAGAUUCUGAACACGAGGCAAGUCGACGAGUUAAGUCGGAGUUGCUCAUUCAAAUGGAUGGCAUCACCAACAAUGAAGAUCCAAGCAAGGUUGUAAUGGUGCUAGCAGCAACUAACUUUCCAUGGGACAUUGAUGAAGCAUUGAGAAGACGGUUGGAAAAAAGGAUCUACAUUUCUCUUCCUAAUUCUGAUGGUCGUGAAGCCCUAUUAAGAAUCAACUUGAAAGAGGUGGAGGUUACUGAAGAUCUGGACAUUUCUGAAGUUGCAAGCAAGUUAGAUGGUUAUUCAGGAGCUGACAUUACAAAUGUUUGUAGAGAUGCUUCAAUGAUGGCAAUGAGGAGGAAGAUUGCUGGACUCACUCCUGACGAAAUACGAAACUUGCCCAAAGAAGAACUAGAGCUUCCAGUGAGCCCAGGAGAUUUUGAAGAAGCUAUGAGGAAAAUUAACAAAUCUGUCAGUAAGCAAGACUUGGAGAAGUAUGAAGAUUGGAUGGCCGAGUUUGGGUCUAUUUAAUUUUGUGUCCACAAAUGGAUGCAAAGCUCAUUUCUUUAUAACAUAACUGUAGAGCAUAGUGCACCAAGAAAAUUUUAAAUAAUGUAAGAAAUGUGUAUAUCACUUAUAUUUGUAACGUUUAAUAGCUUUGAAAGUUAAUAAUAACUGAUUUCAACUCUAUACACUAAAAGUAGAUUUCUACAACUAAUGCAUUUGAAUAUUAAAAGAGGUUCUGAAAGAUAGGAAUGACAGGUAAUUUCAGCCUUAAAUAUUUAAACUUUUUUGUUAUGGUAAUCAUAUUUUAAUAUUGAAGCAGCUUCUCAAGUUCUGAAGGUUUGAAAGUAAGUACUGAGAGUUAAAAAUCACAAACACAUAUAAUGUAUAAAACGUUUAAGGCUUUUUACUGUUGUGCAAGUACAUGUAUAUGUAAGGUCACAUAAUUUACCAGAACAUGGCACCAAUAUUGACUUCUUUACUAGGAAAUAACUAUUAAGAAUGUAUGAAUAUUUAAAGACACAUAGAUUGAAAAACUAAAGUGUACAUUUAAUUCAUGGUUAUCUUAGCUGGUGAAGUUAUGUGACACUGUGUGUACUUACUCAUUUUUGACUGGUAUUUUAUAUCGUAGGUUAAUCUCAGCUUUUACAUUCAGAGAAGUAUAAAAGAUAUUUGAAAAACGGAUUUUAUAUGUAAACCAAAUAUUUUAUCUAUUCACAUUGAGCUAUGUAAGUUUUAGUACAAUGUGUAUAAAAAAACAAAUGUUGGAAUACUAACUAUAAAGUAACUGUUUUCAUGUCAUCCAGAUGAAUGUGCAAAAAAGAUCUACAUCAAAUUGUACUUCUCUGACUAUUAAUAAACGCAGUAGAUGAACUGAAAUGCAAUUCCUAAUCAGAAAAGUCUUUUCAACUAAUAAAGGUUUUAUGACUAUUUUAA